AUGUCGUGCUUUUCCGCAAAGGGCGAGCGCGAGCGCACGGAGCUGCGGGAGAUGCUGGAGCUCUCAAACGCACAAAAGGAGGAAGCCCGCAAGGCCGCUGAGGCCGCUGCACGCCGCGGCGACGAGAUAGCGCGGCAGCUGGCGGCAAAGCAGCAGGAGGCCGGGGGGCUGUCUGCCCAGCUGCGUGACGCGGGCCUGCGUGAAGCCCGGCUGGCUGCCAGCAAUGAGGCGCUCGCAGUACAGGUGGCCAGCCUUCAAAAGGCGCUGGAGCGGGCCGGCGCGCAGCGAGACGAGCUGAGCGAGCGUGCGACUGAGCUGACUGCUGAGCGCAAGCAGGCGGUGGCAGAUGUGCGGCGGCUGACGCGCGAUAGGGAGUACCUGAAGCACCGUGUGGACCGCAUGCAGAAGGCCCUCAGCAUGCUGGAGUCGGUUCUGGAUGACACGCUGCGAGAGAACCAGGGCGGCAUCGGCGCGGGCAUGUCAGACCCCCGAGGCGCGGCGGCGGCAGCUGCGCUGCGCCAGAGCCGCGAGGCGAUGUCUGAGCUGUGGAGCAAAGCCGGCGACGGCGGCGGCAAUGGCAGAGCGCUGGGCAGCCUGGCCGACGAGCCAGAGGAGCUGCCACGGGGCUGUGGCAUGAAGGACCAGCACAAUUACGGGCUCGCAGCAUACCGGAGUUGA